AUAAAUUGACAGACAGAGAUUAAAGUUGUUAGUCGUAAAUCGAUCUCAGCUGCAGAAUGAUGUAUUCUUGGAUCGCAAUAUUCUCACUCUGCGUGUGCUUUUCACAGCCAUUCAACUUAAACUAUCCCAAUGGAGCAACUACCCAAGUCACUUGUGAUAAAAGCGAAACUCAGUCAUAUCUGCGGAUCGGAGAGAAAUACUACUUCUUAGGGAAAAACAAGGUCAACUGGUUCGACUCAGCUCACUUGUGCCGUCAAUUUGGCGGAGACUUGGCUCUCAUCGAAUCAGCCGAGGAAAUGGAGGCUAUUUCGACGGCCCUGAAGAACGGACACACUGAACAUGAUUGGUUUUGGAUAUCAGGAAACGAUCUUGUUGAAACCCAUAAGUUCGCAUCUAUUACAAAUGGAUUACCAUUGGCAUUUACCUCCUGGUCAGCUGGACAACCAGACUAUCCUGGCAAAGAGCAAUGCAUGCAUUUGUGGCUUAGAGACGGCGCCUUCCGGAUGAACAAUUGGGUUUGCACGGAGAAGGCAUAUUACUUAUGCCAGAGACAGAAUUACACCCGCUGCUGGGAUGGCUGUUAACUGCCCAAAUACUCAAA